GCCCACUCCCCAGCUCCCCCUGCCUGUGAAGCAGUGUGCACCUGCUGUGGGCAGGGUGAGGCCCCCUGUGUGUUGACUGGUUGUCUACGUUUUCCAUGGGAGCCCAGCAGCUCUGAUGCCUCCCUGUGCCCCUUCCCUUGCCCACCAAAUUUGUGUCUAGCAGGGAUUGCCUCACUUCCCAGUAGGGAUCAGUUACGUGCUGGGUGCCAAGGAGGCCGACUGGCACGUCAUGGGUACCACUGGCGAGAAUGGGGAGGGUGGCAUUUGACAGGCUCUUAAAGGACCAGGAGAAGUUUGCUAGGCCUGGUGUGAGAUGGGCAAGUUGGCAGAGCAGCAGCUGGUGCCCACAAACAGGGUGCAGACCCCUGUGGCGGGCAGGACAGGGCAUCUAGAGCAGGGAGGAGGGAGGUGAGGCUGGUGAGUGUGUGGGAGGCAGGAAGGAGGUGGUUCCAUCUGGCCCGGCCCUCCUAAGUGCAUGGUGCCUGCCAGGCAGGACCCAGGCUCAGAGCCCACCUGUUGGAAUAGUGUGAGGGACUUUGUUUUGGGGGCUGUGCACACAGCAUCUGCCCUUCUGCUUCUUCCAAGUGGUCACGGAAGCCCUGUGGGUGGGCUGAGGUCCAGGGUCCACUCCCCGGUCCCUUCAGCGCCAUCUCUGUCCUGCCUGCGGCCGGGGCCUGCUCCCACAGUCCUCCCUCCACAUCGAAGGACUUGGUCUUUCUGUGCCCCGGGGCUCCUAGCCAGCAGGACAGGGGGAGCUGGGAGCAGGGCGCAGGGCCUCGGCACUUCCCUGGGUGAGGGGCAGCUGGGCCAGUGAGGCAGUGACUGGGCAGACCUCUGGGCCUGGACGGCGCAGAGCCUGUUUCAGAGCCUGUGAGCCUGCGGGGGGCGCCGCAGAGGUGUUUUCUCCACUGGGCAAAGCCAAGAAUGACUAAGGACGAGAAGAGUGCCAUGGAGGUGUCGUGUGCUCUGAGGCCUCCUCGGCAGCUGCCGCUGGCUUGGACCGAGCAAUGGACUGCCUCAGAGUGACUGCUUCCUGCCCAGGCCUGGGCCUUCGCUGAGAGCCUGCCGUUCUGGGAAGGAGGGCACUUGAGGUCAGGGAGACGUGGGUGCUGCCAGGCGUUCGGGGCUUUCCCAUGGAAGUCCCUCUGUUGGUGCCCGCACAGCCGUUCCUGGAGCAGAGGCCAUGUCCUGCGCGUCCCCUUGGUCCUACUACCUUUGGGCCAGUGCCCGUCCAUCUGCCCCAUGGGAAUGAGUGACCGGGUCCAAAGAAGGAAGUCCAAAGCCAAGCCCAAUGGCAAGAAGCCCGCUGCGGAGGAGAGGAAGGCCUACCUGGAGCCCGAGCACACCAAGGCCAGGAUCACCGACUUCCAGUUCAAGGAGCUGGUGGUGCUGCCCCGCGAGAUUGACCUUAACGAGUGGCUGGCCAGCAACACCACGACGUUUUUCCACCACAUCAACCUGCAGUAUAGCACCAUCUCGGAGUUCUGCACAGGAGAGACGUGUCAGACGAUGGCCGUGUGCAACACACAGUACUACUGGUAUGACGAGCGGGGGAAGAAGGUCAAGUGCACGGCCCCGCAGUACGUUGACUUCGUCAUGAGCUCCGUGCAGAAGCUGGUGACGGAUGAGGACGUGUUCCCCACAAAAUACGGCAGAGAAUUCCCCAGCUCCUUUGAGUCCCUGGUGAGGAAGAUCUGCAGACACCUGUUCCACGUGCUGGCGCACAUCUACUGGGCCCACUUCAAGGAGACGCUGGCCCUGGAGCUGCACGGACACUUGAACACGCUCUACGUCCACUUCAUCCUCUUUGCUCGGGAGUUCAACCUGCUGGACCCCAAAGAGACCGCCAUCAUGGACGACCUCACCGAGGUGCUAUGCAGCGGGGCCGGCGGGGUCCACAGUGGGGGCAGCGGGGAUGGGGCCGGCAGCGGGGGCCCGGGAGCACAGAACCACGUGAAGGAGAGAUGAGCCCCCCGGGCCGGACAGGGGCGCACGUGUGCAAAGAGACGGUGGUGUGUGUUCUCUCCUGCAUCUGCGUGUGCACACAUGUGCUGGGCACGCGUGUGGUGAGGUCUGAGAGGGCCCCGGGCUGCACUGGUGUGGGCUGCACAGGCACAGACGCAGAGGCCCCGGCCGUGUCCUGUGGCCCCCUGUCGGAUGGAUGCGUGCCGUUUGUAGAGAAGAGCCUUUGGGCCCAUUCACUCGUUCAGCAGACACGCAUGGGACUGAUGCUUUGAGUUUUCUUCUGUGGGGUUUUCCUUUCUCUGGUCUCCGUGCAGCCCCUGCCCUCCCUCGGGUGCUGCUGGCCUCAAAGGAGGAACUCGUGGGGGGAGGGUGUGAUUUGCAGACCUGGGUCUCUGCUCUGCUCUGGGGGUGGGGCUUGCUUUCACAGAGACCCUCCUUCCCUCUCACCCCUCCUCUCCCGGCCUCGCCAGGAGUCUUGGCUGUUGGCAGCUCAGAGGUGGGGGAGGCCUGUGGUGUGGGGUGCCCUGCACCUGCUCCUGUCACCCCUUCCUGCUGCCUCCUCCAUGCCCAAGGAACACCCAUGGUGCAGUCCUCAGGCAAGGCCAGGACGGGGCUGAGGCCCUGCGUGGAGAUGCUGCACCAGCAGAAGGCUGAGACCCGCUUACCUUAGUUCAUCUGUUCACUCGUAAUAAAAAGAAUUCUCUCAGGUCA